CUCCGAAAAGCUUUGUGGAAAGAUGUCGAUGGGAAGCGACACGACGUGGGUUGGGAAGAAACCGAUCAGGCGCAUCGGCGGAUUGUCUGAUGCUCUCUCUAUCGCCUCCGAUCUUGGUUUCGCCGUCGCUCCUCCUCCGUCGCAGGAAGAAUUACAAAGCUUGGCGUCUUCAAAUGGGGAAAGAGGUGACGAUUUGAUAAGGGUAUUGAGAGAGUUAUCUGCUGUUCAAAGGAAAAUUGCAGACUUGCAGGUCGAGCUUCAAGGGAGGAAGGAUGAUAAAAAUGUGGCGCAUUUGACUCAUGUGAGUGAAAUGCAAAAGAAAAUCGAGACUUUGUCAAGGAUUACUAAGAUAUUGAAAGAUGUUAUACAAAACAAGGAUCGCAUCAUUGCUCGUCUCCAACAACCUUAUUCGCUAGAUUGCAUUCCAGUUGAAGCAGAAUAUCAGAAACAAUUCUCAGAGUUGCUAAUGAAAGCCGCCAGUGAUUAUGGCGCCUUAACAGCAUCAGUGUCUGAUUUUCAGUGGAGCCAAAACUUUAAAGAACCUCCUUCAGUCUGGGGGGAAAUGCUGCGCCCAAUACCGGUGGCGCUAGCUUCAUGUACGAGAUUCUUUGAGGCCAUGUCUGCGAUGAGAGAAUCGUUCGCGACUCUUCAAAAACUUCGAGUUGGUAACUCUGUGGUUUCUGUACCAACAACACCAGGAGGUAACGAAAUGACACAUAGAGACUUAGAUUGUAUGACUCCACCUCAAGGGAGAACAGAGUCAAGCUUCGACGACUUAGCUGUUCAUAACACAAGGAGACAAAACAAUGAUCAAAAUGAAGAAGAAGAAGAAGAAGAAGAUGGUAAUAACAAUUCGAACCGGAGAAUAUCUUGGCCUCCUUCUGUAAAAAAGAGUAGCGUUUAAAC